AAAAUUAUACAAUACAAAUGUUAUUUGAAAAUAAUAAUAAUAAUAAUAAUAACAAUAAUAAUAACAAUAAUAAUAGUAAUAAUGGUAAUGGGGGUAGUUUAAAUAAUAAUAAUGGUAAUAUUAAUGAGCUCUUACCACCUAUAAUGGAAUCUUCAUAUGACAGUUAUUCAUCUUCACCUCCCCCUACAACUAAUGGUAAUUUUUCACCAUAUAGUGGAUCCCAAAUGCCAUAUAAUUUUGAUUCUACCAGUAAUAAUUUAAAAAAAAAAGAUGAAUCAUUAAAUUCAUUUUUCAGUUUUAAUAAUAAUAAUAAUAAUAAUAAUAAUAAUAAUAAUAAUAAUAAUAAUAAUAAUAAUAAUAAUAAUAAUAAUAAUAAUAAUACUAAUAGCAUAGAUUCCUCAAUAAAAAGAAGUAAAAGUACACCAUUUCUAAAUUUAAUGAACUCAUCAUCAGUCACCACAACAUUACCAUAUAAUAAUGGUAAUGUGAAUAGUAGUUCUCAAAGUGUAAAUAAUUGUAAUAAUAAUAGAAUCCCAAAUAGAGUUUUCCAAUAUUAUCUCCAACAACAACAACAGCUAUCAUCAUCACCAAAUCAAUCAUCCCAAACCCCACCAUUCUUAUCUCAAUAUAGCUUAUAUAGUAGCCAAAAUGGUAAUAACAAUAGUAAUAUCAAUAAUAAUGGCAAUACGAAUGGUACAAAUGGUACAAAUGGCACAAAUAGUACAAAUGGUUCAAAUGGUUCAAAUGGUUCAAAUACCAAUAAUACCAGUGGUAGUCAAAAUUUAAUAAUUUCACAACAACAAAAAGAAGAUUUUAUAAGUCAAAUUAAUUUUAUAUUAAAUGAAAUAGAAGUUUUAAAGAAAAAAGUAAGAGAUAUGGAAGAUGAACAAGGUAGAAAUGCAUGGGGAUUAAAAUAUGCUCGUAGAGUUUUAAUUACAUCAAAUUUUUUAUUAGGUAUUUGGGUUAGUAUAAGCAGAAUUUUAAUGUAUAUUGGAAAGCAGAAAAAAUCUAGACUACUUCAUGUUGUUGUACCAUCGUUAGGCCAACAAGAGACCAGAAACCAUAUAUCUUUAUUAUUAUUAGAAGCUAUAUCAAAUGCAGCAAGAAAAUCUUGGAUAUUUUUUAUUUCUUCAUUUUUAUUGACUAGAAACACUUCAUGGAAAAGACAGACCGGAUUAUCACUUUGUACCAUAUACUCAUUAUAUUUAGCCUUUUUCCCUCAAUAUCUACCAUGGACAAAUUAUUUCAAUAUUUUUGCAAGUUUACUUUAUAUAACAGCAGCUUGGUCUUCAGCAAAGCCAAAUUGUACUUUAAAAGAUAUUAUCAAUUUAUUAUAA